UUUAGCAGGAAGUGAAGGGAGCUCCCUUCCGGAUUUGUACGAGUGUUUGUUGACUGUGUUAGUUGUCCGGGCUGAGGCAGGUUCUUCAGGCGCCAUGGGGAAGAGGCAGCACCAGAAAGAUAAGAUGUACAUCACCUGUACAGAAUAUACCAAUUUCUAUGGUGGCAAGAAAGCAGUGAUUCCACAAGCCAACUUCCGCCGCUUGCCUUUUGAUCACUGCAGUUUGUCCCUUCAGCCCUUUGAGUAUCCAGUCUGCACACCUGAUGGAAUGGUGUUUGAUCUUCUGUCUAUCAUUCCAUGGAUAAAGAAAUUUGGUACCCAUCCCACUACGGGUGAGAAAUUGGAUGUUAAAUCUCUCAUUAAGUUGAACUACCAUAAAAACAAUGAAGGAAAGUAUCACUGCCCAGUGAUGUACUCUGUCUUCACAAACAACUCGCAUAUAUUGGCAGUCAAGUCUUCAGGAAAUGUCUAUUCAUACGAGGCUGUGGAGCAGUUGAACAUUAAGACCAAGAAUUUUCAAGAUUUGCUAAGUGAUGAACCUUUUACUCGGGAAGACAUCGUUACACUACAGGAUCCAACCAAUGUUGAUAAGUUUAACGUUUCGAACUUUUUCCAUGUAAAAAGAGGCAUAAAGGUUCCUGAUCCAGAUGAGGAGAAAGCAAAGUCAGAUCCGUCCUACUAUCUGAAAAGCACCAGUCUGGAGCUAAGGGAAACUCUCUCUGAACUAUACAGAGACUAUAAAGGUGAUGAAAUGCUGGCAUCUAUUAUGAAAGAACCAGGGAAAAAGAAAGUGGAUAAAAUAAAUGCGGCACAUUAUUCUACAGGAAAAGUCUCAGCUUCCUUCACAUCCACAGCAAUGAUGCCUGAAACUACACAUGAAGCAGCGGCCAUUGAAGAUGACCAGGUCCGUUACCGAUAUGUCAAAAAGAAGGGCUAUGUCAGACUCCACACAAAUAAAGGGGAUCUCAACUUGGAGCUGCAUUGUGAAAUGACUCCAAAGACAUGCGAAAAUUUCAUCAAAUUGUGCAAAAAAGGAUAUUAUGAUGGAACAAAAUUUCACCGAUCUAUACGGAACUUCAUGAUUCAAGGAGGUGACCCAACUGGUACAGGCACUGGUGGUGAGUCGUACUGGGGGAAACCUUUCAAAGAUGAGUUCAAGCCCAAUCUCUCCCAUGCAGGUCGAGGCAUCCUCAGUAUGGCUAACUCUGGGCCCAACACAAAUAAGUCACAAUUCUUCAUUACUUUCCGCUCAUGUGUCUACCUGGACAAGAAACACACAAUCUUUGGAAGGGUGGUUGGUGGCUUUGAGACAUUGACAGCCAUGGAGAAUGUGGAGAGUGAUGUAAAGACUGACCUGCCAAAGGAAGAGAUCAGAAUUGAGAACACAGCAGUAUUUGUGGACCCUUUUGAAGAAGCAGAUCUUCUGAUUGCAGCAGAAAGGGAGAAAAACAGAAAUGAGGAAGAGGAGGAAAAGGCCAAAGCAAUGCCAUCUGAGCCUAAAAGCAGUGCAAAUACCACCCCAAAAACCUAUCGACAAGGAGUCGGGAAAUACAUUAACAUGCAAGCUAAAAAACGGAUAGCGGAAGAUCAGGACAGCGGCCCUUCCACCAGCAGUAGCAAGAAGACCAAAGGGAUCACUGGUUUCGGUGACUUUAGCUCAUGGUAGAGCUUGGUCUACAAAGCAAAUGUGUAAGAGGAGAGAACACCAAGCAGGAACGCUGGCUGCCCCUUCUACAAGAUCUUUCCAUGUUCUAAAGGAACUCUAAAGAAUCUGCAGGUCAUCAGAUGUGUGACUGAUUUUCCACCAGAGGACUCUUCCUCUGCUAACUAGAAGUAGUGUGGGGGUGAAUAAUCUAAGCAAUUCCUGAAUUUCAUCCUAGCACAAGUGAGAAUUUCAUUUCUUUGCUGAGACCACUUCCUGGAUUUUGUUGAAUAUCAUAUUUGCAGACAAUGGAGUUAGCCACUUUUUCUCAUGAAAUACUUUUCUAUUGCGGUUUCAAUUAAACUCUGUUGGAUUUUGAACUGA